AUGCCUCACUUCCACCAUAGACGCCGCCAUACAUGGCCCUACUGUGGCUCACCAGCAAACUCGACUCCGCGAUACUAUACCCCCAUUUUCCAAGGCCCAGUCCAAGCCCCAGUCGCAGUACCAGCAACACCACAAGCCCCCCAUGCACCUUUGAACUAUCACCAAUUCGCAGUUCCCCUAGGCACAACAGACCUCAACGACCAAGACGAUGCUGCCUCUGCCGGGAUCGUCCGUCCUAGACACUCAUUCGCGCAGCGAUUCUGGUUCAUCCCCAAGGGACCUAUCCCUGUGACCAACGCGACUACUAAUACCGAUACCACGAGCGCUUCGUCUUCACGGCAAGUCGCACGACCACCUCUGGACAAAGCGCGGUCGCUUUUCGUCCUGCCUACAACGAGUACAGUCAGAACCGCUACUGGGGAGAAUACUAUGAUGGUCUCCUACGCGGUACCGUCGCUACCGCUUACAGUAUACCGGCCGACUGUAGCGAGACAUCAUCGGCGGUGUCACUCUGAGAGACCGCGGGCGUGGAGAGAGCCGAGUGCGAGUUUGUGGACGCUUAUGGAGGAGUGA